AUGGUUAAAUGUUCGCACUCUAAAUGUGGCAAAAACGUCACGAAGAAAUUACCUGGACUACAGUGUGGGAAAUGUGGAAAGUGGAUGCAUGCUUCGUGUAUACCGAUAACCACCGAACAGCUUAACGCAUUAUGCGGCACGGAGGCGGUAGAAUGGAAAUGCAAAGCGUGCAACCCGCAGCACAGGAACAAACGGAUAUCUGCAAUCCUUCCCGAUCCUGAGGAUGACGACAACACGGAUACCGAGCCUGUCGUAGUGGUAAAAGAUUGUCAACUUAGUGAGGAAUUCCUGAGGCAGUUGCGCAACGAUGUUCGCAAAGCGAUCAAAGAUGAAAUGGAACGUACCCUCGCAUUCUAUUCCGAUAAAAUUGAUGAUUUCCAACAAAGACUCGGAGAGUAUGAAACAAAGAUGAAAAAUAUUGAAAACCAAAACAAGGACCUGCAAAACAAAUAUACAAACAUACAACUCAAAUACAAUUCUAUGGAGCAAAAAUUAAACCAUAUUGAACAAACGCAGAUGGACUGUAAAAUUGAAAUUUGCGGAGUAGAAAAGAAGGAGAACGAAAACACCACAGAAAUAGCCAAAAAAGUGGCCCAAGCAAUUGAAGUAAACAGCGAUGACGUCAUGAGUGCAUACAGAAAAGAACGUCGAGCGCCGGCUGCACAACAACGCGUCGGUUCGUCCAUCGUCGUGACCUUGAAGCCGGGCCAGCGAGACCAAUGGCUCUCAGUUGCCAAGGGCAGAACCAUCACCGGCCUGGACAUAGGGCAUCCAGAGGACACGAGGAUCUUCCUGCGCGAGGCACUCACUCCAGCUACGGCAUUUCUGUUAUGGAAAGCAAAAAGCGAGCUAAAAAAAGAUGAACUGUUUAAAUUUGUGUGGUGUAAAGGAGGCAAUGUACUGGUAAGAAAGAACGAACAAGCCAAGAUCCAGACCAUAAAGUCAGAGCAGGACAUCGAGAAACUUCUUAAAGUGAAAUAA